CAUCCGUCUUGAUGGCAAAAAAAACAGGACUUUCAAAGCUUUGGAUUGGAUUGGCUUAACCUUUCUCAAGUUGAAAACCUGACCCUUCACCCUUCACCCUCCUCUCUCCUCUCAUCCAUUUUCCCUUCUCCUUCCUCAUACUGUAUUGGGAUUUUGUUAAAGUGAUUUGCUUUUACUUUCCUUGUCCCCACCAUCAUCACCCCCACAAGCUUCACAGUCACCAAGACUCUUCUUUUAUCAUAUAGUUUACUCUAGAGGACAAUAAUAUAUACCCCCAGUUGGAAUAAUACGUGCGUCCCUUCACUCUCUAGAACAAGGGAAAAGAUAAAUGAGUAUUUGGUGCAAGAUUGACCUGUAACUCUCUCUAACCAGUGUCAAAGGCCUCUACUUUGAUGUUUCCUGGUUUUAUCGAAAGUCAAGCAUAGGGUGGAGCGGUUUGAGGAAUUAAAGUUUGGUGACUGGAAUCAAUUCGAGCUUCUUAUAACCUCUAUUCAAUUUUUGGGGGGGUUUUGUUCUGUGAAUGAUGUCGAUGUUUGAUGAGACGGGGUUUUGUGGUGACAUGGAUUUCUUCUGUACCCCUCUCGUGGAAGGAGAUGUGAGUGCUCCACAGGUAGAACCUGAGGUUACUGUGGAGGAUGAUUAUAGUGAUGAGGAGAUUGAUGUUGAUGAGCUUGAGCGAAGGAUGUGGAGGGACAAAAUGCGUCUCAAAAGGCUAAAAGAACAGACCAAAAGUAAGGAGGGGAUUGAUAUUGCUAAGCAGCGUCAGUCCCAGGAGCAGGCCAGGAGGAAGAAGAUGUCCAGGGCACAAGAUGGGAUCUUAAAGUACAUGUUGAAGAUGAUGGAAGUUUGUAAAGCUCAAGGUUUUGUUUACGGGAUUAUCCCGGAGAAGGGAAAGCCAGUGACUGGUGCAUCUGAUAAUCUUAGAGAAUGGUGGAAGGAUAAAGUCAGGUUUGAUCGAAAUGGUCCAGCUGCCAUAGCUAAGUACCAAGCAGAUAACUCGAUCCCUGGAAAGGAUGAGGGCUGUAAUUCAAUUGGCCCAACCCCACACACCUUGCAGGAGCUUCAAGAUACCACCCUUGGCUCACUCUUGUCUGCAUUGAUGCAGCACUGUGACCCUCCCCAGAGGCGGUUUCCAUUAGAGAAAGGUGUUCCUCCACCAUGGUGGCCUUCUGGAAAUGAAGAAUGGUGGCCACAACUGGGUUUGCCCAAAGACCAUGGCCCCCCACCUUACAAGAAGCCUCAUGACUUGAAGAAGGCAUGGAAGGUGGGUGUUCUCACAGCAGUGAUUAAGCACAUGUCGCCUGAUAUUGCUAAGAUCCGCAAGCUUGUGAGGCAGUCCAAGUGCUUGCAGGACAAGAUGACAGCCAAGGAAAGUGCUACUUGGCUUGCAAUUAUCAACCAAGAGGAAUCGUUGGCUCGUGAACUUUACCCUAAUUCCUGUCCACCAUUGUCUUCAUCCGGAGGGAGUGGAUCUUUGGUCAUUAAUGAUUCCAGUGAGUAUGAUGUUGAAGGAGCUGAAGAUGAGCCAAACUUUGAUUUGCAAGAGUGCAAACCUGAGACUCUCAGCUAUUCUAAUCUAGGGAUGGAAAGAAUGGGUGAAAGGCUACCUCUUCGACAACAACCUUAUCCAAUCAAGGGAGAAGUUAUGACCAGCACGGAUUUUAUUAGAAAGAGAAAGCCAUCCAGUGAUAUAAACAUGAUGGUGGAUCAGAAGAUCUACACAUGCGAGGCUGUUCAAUGUGCUCAUAGUCAAAUCCGAUUGGGUUUCCCCGACAGGGCUGCUAGGGACACUCAUCAACUAAAUUGUCCAUACAGAAGCACUUCAUUGGAGUUUAGAGGGUCAAAUUUUCAUGUUAAUGAAAUCAAGCCUGUCAUCUAUCCUCAACCAUCUGCACAGUCCAAGACAACUGCUCCAUUGGGGAACCCAGCACCCUCUUCCUUCAAUCUAUCAGGAGUUCCUGAAGAUGGGCAAAAGAUGAUCAGCGAGCUUAUGUCAAUCUAUGACACUAAUAUUCAAGGCAACAAGAACACAAAUCGUGGUAACAAUUUGGUCACGGAAGAUCACAACGUUUUCCAGCCAAAAAUCCAACACCAGCAGGACAACCACUUCCGGGGUCAAAGCAAUAUGAUUAACGGAAAUAUCUUCGAAGAGUCCAACAUCAACCAAAACCAUCAAAUGUUUUCCCAGGAAGUGGGUCAGUUUGACAGGUUCAAACCCUUGAAUUCUCCGUUCGAGACCAACCAAAACAACAGCGGCUUCAGCUUGAUGUUCGGCUCCCCCUUUGAUUUGUCCUCUUUCGACUACAAAGAUGAUCUACAAGUACUGGGAAUGGAUACUCUGCCAAAGCAUCAGGAUGUUUCAACCUGGUUCUAAUAUCAUUACCAAAACUAUCUCCUUGGACUGGAAGAACUUUUCUAAUCUUGCACUACAUCCGGGGCAAACUCUCACUGCCUAGAAACUGAUAUGGCCGUCCAUGUAUUAUUUACUCUCUUUUUAGGGGUAGAAUUUAGAUAGCUAGCAGGUACCGUACGUGCUAAUAAAGUUUGUGCAAAACUCUCAUAAAUUGAACUACUGUCCAUUACGUGUAAGGUGAGAUAUGCUGUCAAAUAAAUAAGUUGUGAUGUAUUUACUCAUUUGGCUAUCAUAUGGUUGAGAAGACAGCCAUAAUUUGUAGGGCUAGGAUUCUGGUAUUAUGGUGUGUAAUCUGUCUUGUAACGCCAACGUGUUGGCUGCUGCUAGCUGAAAUGAAGGUUUGUCUUUUUGUGAAUC